AUGCCAUUCCCGACGCGGCCCAUGACUCUGGGGCUGGCGCUCUGGCUCCCUUCGCGCAGCGGUGGCGUCUUCUUCAUGGCCAACGGAGGCGUGCACGACUUGACCGUUGGGCCCUACACUCUCAAGCCAGGUGAUUUCACGGAGCUCCAGAAGGGGCCCAACGAGGCCGUGUUCAGGAUCUUCUACGACGGCGAGCACACGGUGCAGAUGCCCGAGGGCCCCGCCAGCCUGCACACGGGCCUGGUGGCGGACCACGAGGGCUUCCGGGCCGUGGACGCCAACGACCUGCAGACGGACCUCGGCAGAGCUGCCGUGGGCUGCCCGAGGGUAGUCAGCGAGGCCGAGGGCACGGACGAUUGUCGGGAGCCCGCGAGGCGCAGUGGGCCUGCGUGGCCCGGAGGUUCCUCGGCGGCAUCGCGCCCGAGGACUUCGUGGAGCGCCUGUUCCGGAGCAGCUGGAAUCCAAAUGUUCCAGACGUGUGCAAGGUCCAGGACCCCUGGGACUUCUGGGACCUGUGCGUGGCCCAGGAGCCCUCGCAGGCCCUGCGGAUGGAGCGGACGAGGACUGCGCACAGCCUGGAGGUCUUCCGCGAGUUUCCACUGGUGGCAGCCGUGCGCGGCUUCGCGAGCGAGGCCGAGUGCAAGGAGCUCAUCGAGGCGGCGCAGAUGA